AUGAGAAUAAGGGUCCUCUCCAUCCUUUUGUCGUUAUGGCCUCUCUUUCUUCUGCUACCGAUUGCAGUCGCACAAGAGUGCCAGAUUGAAUUGCCAUCAUCACCAUCAUUAUCACCAUCAUUAUCACCAUCACCAUCAUUACAUAAUGAAACAACACAACGGGAAUACAUUCUGGGAGGACAUUCUUGGCACCUUCCUGUCAUUGAUUAUCUCAAUGAUGUGGUGGGCCAACAAUUUGAUCCUCCCAUUCGAUUCACUUGGAAAACCCAUGCGGAAUGGCUCAAUGCUCCCACUGUUGAAGAUGCUUUGGCCCGAGGGUAUGACUUUAUCAACAGCAAUGCCUAUCGGAGUUCCUGUUACGAAUCAGAAGGCAAGGCAAUUGCUCUGGCGACCGAACGUCGGGUGCUUCGAGACCCUGACACUCGGUUGCUUUACAAUGUGACACAGUUUGGAGCAGCCUUGUAUACCCUGAGCAAUCGAACCGAUAUUUUGACGGUCCAAGAUGUACGAGGAAAGAAAAUUGGUACCAAUCGAUAUUCCAAUUUGGCCACGCAUCUAUGUUAUGAUGUGCUGUUACGAAAUGGGGUUCACAACCUACAAGAUCCAGAACAAAUCAUAUACUUUCGACGUUCCACCGAUGCGCUGGAAGCGGUGUUGGAUGGGCGAGUGGAUGUGGGAUGCGCGGCGGCCAACACGUUGGAAUUUUACAAAGUGGACGACGACAGUGAACGACUGGAUUUGUCACGGAUACGAAUCCUGGGGGAACAACUCCACAUGACCAAUGAUGGUGUUCCGUAUCCCUUCAAAGUUUCGUCCCCAUUGGUACCAACCCCUCUCUUUCAAGCGUUGCCGCACGUCGAACCGAUUGUGAUUGAAAAGGUCCGGAAUGCCCUGCUGGCCAUGGGGGAUCACGCAGAUGUGGCGCCCGCCUUGUUGGCCUGCCUCGACGAUCGUGGAUGCCAAACGAAUAAUACGGUGUGUGCGGAGGAUUGCUUUCAAAGCCUUACUAAUAAUAAUGCGACGAUGAUACGACGGUGCGAUACGACGGCCGAACUUGCGUUGAAGGCAUUUACCGCCAUUGGAGAUGAUAUUUGGGGAUAUACCAAGCCGCAACAGAACCUGGACAUGCGAGAUAUUCAAGAGUCCACUGGAUUUUUGGUAAGGGAUCCGAAUCCCCGAUGCGUUCGCUUGCAAAAUAUAGCAGAAGCCGUGACUUGUCCGCCGGGUCACUUUAUUCGAUCGAGCCAAGAUAUUAUAAACGAAUGCAACGUGUCGGGGCUCGAAUGUUACGGAUGGGACUGUUUGUGCAGUCCCUGCGUAAAAGCCUUUGAGGUAGACUUUGUUGUCACCAGUAAUAACAACGAAGAAACGACGACGACCCAAAGCAGCAGUAUUACAGGAACUGGAUGUUCCAAGUUCUCCUUAUGCGGGGCCGUCGAACAAGAGAGCUCCAUUUCCUUGUUGGCAGUGGACAACAAGAAACGGCACAAUAUUACCAUGAGGGGCGCCUUUCUAAUGAGUGAUGACAGUCGAGAUGAGUUUGUGCUGGAUUUGGUCAACGGGACUUUUCAGUAUGACUUUGACGUAUCGAGGACCCGAGUGGGUCAAAAGGUUGUCAUUAUUGAAGUUUGUGAGCGGGAUGAACCAUGCGGAGAGAUUCCAGAGAGUCCCUUCCGAAUCAAUGUGAUGAAACGGAGCUGCCCUGCAGAGCUAUUUGGCAAUGGACGGGAGGCCGAUGAGUGGGGAGUAUGUGUUUGCAAGGGUGGUAUGGUCGAUCUUGGUAGAAAUUGUUCAUCGAUCGCAGCUAUCACUGUAGUUGCUGUUGUUUUGAUGAUGUUUGUGACCUUGGUCACUGUCAUGAUAUAUGUUCGCAAGCUGAAAGAUGAGACACAAAACGAUAUGCUUUGGACGGUAAAGCACGACGAGCUGAAGUUUAACGCUCCGCCAGAAAUAGUUGGGCGAGGGACGUUUGGACUGGUGUUAUUGGCAGAAUAUCGCGGAACGCAGGUAGCUGUCAAGCGCGUGAUCCCAGCAAAAACCAGAGCCACGUUGGAAUCGUCAUUCCAUCAAGAUAAGACAGAGCCGACGGGAAUAGAGUCAUCGGAACAGUUGAACCAGUCGCAAAAUCUUGGUCUUCGAUCUGGAUUCAGUGGGGCAAGAUCUAACGAAGAUGCAGAGAUUGGUGCCAAAGCAUCUUGGGAGAAGCUCCGAUCGAAUUUUGUCGAAGAAAUGAGAAUAUUAUCAAAGCUGCGGCAUCCUUGCAUUUGCACUGUGAUGGGUGCUGUUAUUGACAACAAGGACGAGCCAAUGCUUGUAAUGGAGUAUAUGGAUUAUGGAUCGCUCCAUGAUCUGCUGAAAAAUAAUACCAUGGCCAUCAAUGGAGAAGUCAUCCUUCCAAUCCUACGAGACAUUUCUCAAGGAGUCCGAUUCCUACAUUCUGCUGACCCGCAGGUCAUCCAUGGAGAUUUGAAGGCAGCCAACAUUCUUGUGGACAGUCACUUUCGAGCCAAAGUGGCAGACUUUGGACUUUCUCAGAAGAAGCAACUACGAGGCACCGGUACUCCGUACUGGAUGGCUCCGGAGCUCCUACGGAAUGAAUCUGCUCAAACUGCCGCCAGUGAUGUAUUCUCUUUCGGAGUCAUUUUGAUUGAAGUGUGUAGCCGGAAAGAUCCUUACGAAGGAGAAGACCCCAAUACUGUGUUAAAAGAGAUUGCUGAUAAGUCAAUUCAAAAGCGACCAACGGUUCCAGCAAGCUGCACGUCUCAAAUCCAAUCAAUGAUAGCGGACUGUUUGGUGGACGAGGCAGACAGCCGGCCAACUUUUGAAGAAAUCGAUACUCGAUUGAAGCGUAUUGAUACAGCAGCAGCUGAUAUAUUGCCCAUGGCGAAAAACAAAACUCUCAAACGGCCUGGAACUGACGUGGGGCUACAGGACAGUUUCCCAAGCCACAUUGCAGAAGCCUUGCAAGGGGGAAGAAAAAUUGAACCGGAGCAUCGAGACUGCGUAACCAUUUUCUUCUCUGAUGUUGUUGAUUUUGACAAAAUUUCGCCCAAAUUACCUUCGCAUAAAGUUGCUGAUUUGUUGGAUCGCCUGCAUAGCAAGUUUGAUGCUCUCGCCAAAGAUCAUGAUGUUUUCAAGGUGGAAACCAUUGGGGACACUUACAUGGCGGUGACAAAUUUGGUGAAGGACCAACGCGAUUCCCAUGCGAAGCGGAUAGCUGAUUUUAGUAUCGCUGCCAUCGCAGCUGGCAAGACAACUUUUAUUGAUAAAGAUGACGAAAGUAAGGGCUUUGUGAGUAUCCGAUGCGGCUUUCAUUCUGGUCCGGUGGUAGCGGAUGUUGUGGGUAUCAAGUGUCCUCGCUAUUGCCUGUUCGGAGAAGCUGUGAACAUGGCAAGCUUGAUGGAGAGUAAGUCUUUGGCGAAUAGGAUUCAAUGUUCAGUGGCAUCUGUCAAGUUAUUGAAGCAGCAGGAUGCAAGUAUUAAGAUAUCUUCAAGAGGUAUGAUUCCCAUCAAGGGAAAGGGCGUCAUGGAUACGUUCUGGGUAGACGAGAGCAGCAAUGUGCACACUCCAUUCACCGUGACGAGACAAGAGUUAGAUGAUGUAUGGAGCGCUGGUGCUUUCUCGUCCAUAGAGACAGCCUAG